UGACCUAUAUCAAAAACUACCUGUUUGAUUUUGUUGCAGUCGAAAGUCGAGUUUGAAAACAAGUUGUGAAAAUUCGAAUAAUCUUUGAGUCCGAAGUCCAAUAUCUCUCUCAACCAUGGAUGUUACUUUAGAAAACAAAGUGAGAAAAUUGGUGUUAAAUAGACCUUCCAAAAAAAAUGCAAUCACAAUUGAAAUGUACGAGAAUAUCACCAAUAUUUUGAAUGAUGAUGCGACCAAUGAUGAUGUGAUUGUAACUAUUAUCACUGGGAAAGGAGAAUACUUCAGUAGUGGCACUGAUUUUUUCUCAUCCCUUGCACAGACGGAAGUAGAUUCGACGCAAAAAGUGAAAGAAAUGAUAGAUGCCUUCAUUAAUUAUCCAAAAAUACUAAUAGCAGUUGUGAAUGGACCUGCAAUAGGAAUCGCAGCUACAUGUAUAUCUCUAUGUGACAUAAUUUAUUGUUCAGAUAGGGCAACCUUUGAAAUUCCUUUCAUCCGUCUUGGAUUUAGCUUGGAGGGUUGUUCGAGCCUUCUUUACCCAAUAUUACUUGGAAAAAGCAAGUCCUCAGAAAUGUUAUUCCUCAAUCAUAUUCUAACAGCCAAUGAAGCUUAUAAAUUAGGGUUUGUUGCACAAGUAGUGCCUGCUGAUAAGUUAGAGGAAUUCAUAAAGUCUUUAUUGAAAUUUGGGGCUCUUCCUAGGGAAACAGUUAUAAGGAAUAAGAAAUUAUUGAUGAGGUGGUCAAAGGAAGCAUUGUUGAAAUGUAACGAGGUGGAGAAACAGAUUUUGGAUGAGAGUGUCAAAUCCGAUGACUUUAUAAAUGCUUUAUCUUCCUUUGUAGCAAAGAAAAGUAAAUUGUGAACCGAGGUUAUUUUAUUUGAUGGAAAUCAUACUAUUAUUAUCAGAACCAUUAGAAAAUCAUCUUGCAUGAAUCUGAUGGUGAUGUACUUUUAAAGAUCAUUUUCUGAGCGAUGGAUAACAAUGAAUCUGAAAGUCUGAAGUAAUUUCAUGGACAGUAUUUGAUUUUGUCUUCAGAUGAAUCUUGUAUCUACCAAAUAUGUAAACCAACAAAACUCCCAAGAUGAAGAAGUACUUUACUACACCAUUUCAAAAAGUAUACAUCUCAUAUAUAAAUAAAUUAUCAGUAAAUA